UAAAGAAAAAGGCACUAACUGCUAAUGUGAGUAACUAUAGGAACUUAAUGAAAUGAUUGCAAGCAGGCAGGACGUUAUAAAAAAGCAGAGCUUCUUCCUUUACUUUUCUUUAUAAAUACAAAGAGAGGUUUCUUGUUUUUCUGCCACUCUUGCUGGUAGUUAGUUGUUUAGCAGGUUUAUUGGUUGGUUUUUGGGGUUGGGGUUUUAAAGUUUAUAGUAAUAGUGUUGUGUUACUUUUCAGGUUGACAGUUUCCAAAAUGGUUUCUUCUUCUUUAGCAACCAUAGCCAUUUUUGUUUUUCUGUUAAGCUUUACUACCCCUUUGUUUCUUGCUAAACCUGUACACCAUUCCCAUCAUCAUCGUUUUGCUUCUCAUAACUAUAGAGAUGCACUUGCCAAAUCCAUUAUUUAUUUUGAGGGUCAGAGGUCAGGGAAACUACCUUCUAGUCAGAGGAUUACUUGGCGUAAAGAUUCUGGUCUUUCAGAUGGCAAAGCCAUGGGUGUCGAUUUGGUUGGUGGAUAUUACGACGCUGGAGACAAUGUGAAGUUUGGUUUCCCAAUGGCAUUCACCACCACAAUGCUGUCAUGGAGUGUGAUUGAAUUUGGUGGAUUGAUGAAAGGAGAGCUAAACAAUGCUAAAGAAGCCAUUGGCUGGGCUACUGAAUAUCUUCUCAAGGCCACUGCCCAUCCAGACACCAUUUAUGUUCAGGUGUGAAUAAUCUCAACUCUGAAGUGAAUAGUU